GGCCGGGGCGCCUGGGGCUGUUUCCCGGGGAGAUGGGGCCCGCGUCCCGCUCCUGGCUGGCACACUGGAGAACAUUUGCUCUCCUGACCAACGGACAGCCCGUCCCUCCUCCACCCUCACCCCCUUGCCAUCCCCAAAGCAAACGAAGGGGAUUGUCUUAGCUGGCCCUGUGGGUGCUGGCCGGGUGGCUAGCCGCAGGCCACAGGCGGAGGUGCCACCCGCCAGGGCCCCGCCAGACACACAGGGCAUUGUCCCUCAGUCAACAGCCCCUGGGCACCUCGGCCGGCUCCUGGCCGGCCCCCACGCCAGGCCCAGCCAGCUGGGGGCCCGAGGCUCCCAGCUGAUGACGAGCCCACCCAGCCACCCCCCAGCAGCCCCCUGACGAGCUAUAAUUGCUUCGCUCCAUCCUGUUGCUGCCAUUCUCUUGGCGGAGGCAUCUGGGACCGCAGGCCGGGCGGCAGCUGCAGGCCGACCGCCGGGCUCGCGGGAUGGACUGGCCGCACAACCUGCUGUUCCUCCUCACCAUCUCCAUCUUCCUGGGGCCGGGCCAGCCCAGGAACCCCAAAGGCAAGAGGAAGGGGCCAGGGCGGCCUGGAACCCUGGCUCCUGGGCCUCACCAGGUGCCCCUGGACCUGGUGUCACAGGCGAAGCCAUACGCCCGCAUGGAGGAGUACGAGCGGAACCUCGGGGAGAUGGUGGCCCAGCUGAGGAACAGCUCCGAGCCGGCCAGGAGGAAGUGCGAGGUCAACCUGCAGCUGUGGCUGUCCAACAAGAGAAGCCUGUCGCCCUGGGGUUACAGCAUCAACCAUGACCCGAGCCGCAUCCCCGCCGACCUGCCUGAGGCGCGGUGCCUGUGUCUGGGCUGCGUGAACCCCUUCACCAUGCAGGAGGAUCGCAGCAUGGUGAGCGUGCCAGUGUUCAGCCAGGUGCCCGUGCGCCGCCGCCUCUGCCCGCUGCCACCCCGCACCGGGCCCUGCCGCCAGCGCGCAGUCAUGGAGACCAUUGCGGUGGGCUGCACCUGCAUCUUCUGAACCAGAGCCUGCGGGUGGCCCUGGGGACCACCCUCCCGGCGCUCCCCCACACGUGAGCCAGGCCAGGCCAAUGAAAUGUAAAUGCUGUCUUUUGUAAAGCAAGACUUUGGGUUUGCUCCUUGGGGCUCAGAAGCCAAAACCAGGGUGGAGAUGGGAGGCUGCUGGGCUGCAGAUUUCGGAUCAAUAAAAAGGGAUGCGCCAUCA